UAGUUCCCAGAGAAACAAAUAAGGUGCUGAGGCUUCCUCUCAUCAGUAGCACCCAGGGCCAGCCAGACAUAAAGCAGCAGGAAGACAGGCUGAGGAUUGCAGCAACAACAACAACAGCAGCAGCAGCAAUGGAAAGAGCUGGAGAAAUAGUACAAAGUGUAUUCUCAGGACAGUGGGACAUAAGACAACAGCGCAAAGUUCCAGAAAUCCCCAAACAAAUUAAAGAUAUGCAGAGCACAGAAGGUGCAGGGGCCCAACCACAACAGCACAAAUUCCAGGAAAUUCCUCUCCAAAGUGAUGCAGGACAAGCAGGGAGCUCUGGCGCUUCAGGACAACAACGGGGCUUUCCAGGACAGUCAAAGAACUCUGGUUCUUCAGGUCAAGCAGGGAGCUCUGGCGCUUCAGGACAACAACGAGGGUCUUCAGGUCAAGCAGGGAGCUGUGGCGCUUCAGGACAACAACGAGGCUUUUCUGGACAACCAGGGAGCUGUAGCUCUUCAGGACAACAAGGGUCUUCAGGGCAAGCAGAGAGCUCUGGUUCUUCAGGACGAGGGUCUUCAGGGCAAGCUGGGAGCUCUGGCUCUUCAGGACAACAACGAGGCUUUUCAGGACAAGCAGGGAGCUCUGGUUCUUCAGGACAACAAUGGGGCUUUCCAGGACAGUCAAAGUGCUCUGCUUCUUCAGGUCAACCAGGGAGCUCUGGCUCUUCAGGACAACAGCGAGGUUCUUUGGGGCAAGCAGGGAGCUCUGGCUCUUCAGGGCAAGCAGGGAGCUCUGGCUCUUCAGGACAACAACGAGGGUCUUCAGGGCAAGCAGGAAGCUCUGGCUCUUCAGGACAAGCAGGGAGCUCUGGUUCUUCAGGACGAGGGUCUUCAGGACAAGCAGGGAGCUCUUCAGGACAACAACAAAAAAUCCAAGACCUUCCUAGUCCAAGCCAAGACAACAAGGGCGGUGAAUUAUCUAGAAUGAACCCCUAUGCUGGCCUUGUGGACUGCCUGCGUGCCACCUGGCUGACGGGAAAGACACGUCCCAUGGAGUAUCGGCAAGGGCAGCUGGAGGCCCUGAAUCGCUUCCUGGAGGAGAGGAGGUCAGAUCUCCUGCAUGCCCUGAAUCAAGACAUGCGAAGGCCCCAUUUCGAAGGGGAGGUCGCUGAGGUUGCCUUCACAAGGAGUGAGGUGAACAAUGCCCUUAACAACCUGAGCUGCUGGAUGAAGGAUGAGAACGUGAGCAAGAACUUGGCCACCAAGCUUGACUGUGCCUUCAUCCGCAAGGACCCGUAUGGUGUGGUCGUCAUCAUUGCACCCUAUAACUACCCCAUCAAUCUUCUCUUGGUGCCUCUUGUGGGGGCCAUCGCAGCUGGGAACUGCGUGAUUGUCAAACCCUCAGAGCUAGCCCGCCACACUGAAAGGCUUCUUGCCGAAGCACUGCCUUGUUAUCUUGACCCGGAAACCUUUGCUGUAGUGACAGGUGGCUCUGAAGAGGUAACCAAACUCCUGGAGAACCAGUUUGAUUACAUCUUUUUCACAGGGAGUCCCCGCGUGGGAAAGAUUAUCAUGACUGCAGCAGCCAAACACCUGACCCCAUUGACUCUGGAGCUGGGGGGCAAAAACCCCUGCUAUGUGGAUAAAUGCUGCAAUUUCCAGAACGCGGCCAACCGAAUUGUCUGGGGGAAGUUCUUCAACGCUGGCCAGACUUGCAUUGCACCAGACUAUGUGAUCUGCACCAUUGAAACGCAGGAGAGGCUGAUGCCUUGCCUGCGCCAAGCUAUCCGUGAAUUCUAUGGUGAAUGCCCCCAGGAUUCGCCCGACUUUGGCCGUCUGAUCGACGAUAAGCACUUCCGGCGCCUUCGAGCAUUCCUGGAAUGUGGCCGAGUGGCCAUUGGUGGAGAGUCUGAUGAGUGUGACCGUUACAUUGCCCCCACUGUACUGGCUGAUGUGAAGGAGUGGGAGCCAAUCAUGCAAGAAGAGGUCUUUGGGCCCAUCCUGCCCAUUUUCACUGUGGGAGACUUGGACGAGGCCAUCCACUACAUCAAUAGAAAGCAACGCCCACUGGUUGCCUAUGCCUUCUCCUGCGACUGCAAGGUUGUGAACCACGUAUUGAAUUGUACAAGCAGUGGCAACUUCUCUGGCAAUGAUACCAUUAUAUACUCAACAUUGGUCUCCUUACCAUUUGGUGGCAUAGGAUACAGUGGCUUAGGCAAGUACCACGGCAAGUUCAGCUUCGACACAUUCACUCAUCAACGUGGUACACUCUUGCGCUGCAUGGGAUUGGAGGCAAUCAACACCGUUCGCUACCCUCCCUAUACCGAAGGCAAAUUACAAUUGUUGCUCUCCCUUGUUGACGUCAAGCGUAAAGGCAUGUGCACCUUGCUGUGAACUCCCAUGAAUCACAUAUGCCUUCUGGCCCCAGGAGCU